UGAGCGGUGACCUUUCUGGAUGCAUCUAAUAUAUUUACUUUAUACCUUUUAAUAUGUAAUAAAUAAUACGCCUUAUUAAUUUCUUGUAUUUCCUACAAAAUGUCUCAGAACCUUACUUUAUUUUGGUGGUCGUUGCCAGGACAACGAUCAAUAACGCGUCAUAAUGGCCGCCAUUGAAAUAUUUUCAAGUACUGUCGAUUAUAAAUAUAAAAGUAAUAUAUGUUCGAUAAGUUUCCUUAUCGUAUUACUUUUUGGAAUACUAUCAUUGUUUACACCCUUUUUCAUUAUUUACAAUGCGGGAGGUUUCUCUUUGAAAAAUCGUGUAUAUACAGAAACUCCUGAUGUACUGUUUAGCUACAAAUAUUUAUUAUUAGCUUACAGGGAGUAUAACAUUAAUCCAAUCAUUUGUUCAACAUUUACAACUUACAAAAAUAAUAAACUUGCAGACGACUGCAUAUUAGUAAAGGUGCAAGAAAUAGAUACAAAUAGCGAUGGUAAAAAGGAUAUAUUAAAAUUUGAGGCUCAUUUUUAUACAGAUAAGCCAAUCAAGUCUCUUAAGCUUUUGCUUUUCUUUAAUUUUAGACUAAAGCAAUUAUUCCAAGCGACAAUAGAAUCCAUUGCAGUAUUUAAUCAUGUAUUAAACGAAGAAAUUCAACAGCUCCAGUUUUUUGGAGAUUUAAUGUUAGAGCAGAAGGGUCUUUUUAAUGACAAAGGCUUAUACGAAACAUAUAAUAACAGUAUAGAAAUAGAUGAUCAUUCGCUGGAAGAGUUACUUAUGAAAAAUGCCAACAGAAAACUUUCAGCAAAAAUAAACAAUGAUUACGUAACAAGUCGAACGGGUUAUUCCAACGAAGAUGUAGUAAUUGUUCAUGGAGAGAUAAUGUAUAGAGGACAUUUAAUUUAUUAUCAACCUAGUAUUUGGGAAGAACUAAAGUGGGCAUGGGUUCAAUAUUUAUCAUGCCUUCUUGUUUUCGCCUACAUUGCAAAACAUAUUUUGGUUUUUUUAUUUUCACAUCGAUAUUUGAACUGUUAUGUGAUUAUCCCAUGGAGAAAUAAAUAGUAUACAUAGUA